AUGUUCUUCUCCCGCCGCUUCGCAUCUCAGUACGCCCCUCGACGGCUUCCUCCUACUAUCAAGGAGAUAUUGGGGUCCAACAUACCUCAGGAGACGUCUGUAUCCCUGAAUGGCUGGAUAAAGUCCAUACGAAAGCAGAAGAGGGUCUCUUUUGCUGUCAUCUACGAUGGGAGCAGUGCGAAGGGCAUUCAGGCGGUCUUCCCUAACACCCUGAAUGUGAAGGACCUCACAAAUGGCUCGAGUGUACGACUGACUGGCAACCUCGUCCCCUCGCCAGGCUCCGGUCAGGCCAAGGAACUCCAAGUCAAGGCCGUGGACGUGCUGGGAGCAUGUCCGCAGGAGACGUAUCCUAUCCAGAAGAAGGACCUCACCAAUGAGUAUCUACGAGAGAACGUGCAUCUUCGAGCACGGACGACUGCGAUAGCCGCUAUGCUUCGGUUAAGAGACUGCCUUCACCGGUCGAUACAUGACUACUUGAAGAGCCAAUCCUUCGUCCAUGUCCACGCUCCCAUCUUGACCGCCAACGACGCCGAGGGCGCCGGCGAGACCUUCCGCAUCGCCCCGGUUGCCGCCCACCCCGAUGCACAAUCCACAGAAACCCAAUCCCCCACCGAGUUCUUCGGCGCGCCCGCCCAUCUCACGGUCUCCUCCCAACUGCACAUGGAGGCCUUCCAGGCCGCCCUCUCCCGCGUCUACACCGCGAACCCCGCCUUCCGCGCGGAGCGCAGCCAGACGAGCAGGCAUCUCGCGGAGUUCUGGAUGGUCGAGCCGGAGUGGACGUUGACGGAGGGGAUCACGGAGGUCUGCGACGUGACGGAGGACUUGCUGAGGGAUAUCGUGAAUAGGGCGUUCGUGGAGUGCGCAGAGGAUAUCGAGGCGCUUCACGCAGUGGGGGGACGGCUGGAGCGGCUGGAGGCACUGAAGGCGGCAGUGUCGCCGGAUACCCUACGUUGGCGGCGCAUGACUUACACGGAGGCCGUCGAGACGCUGCAGCGAACUGGCGUGAAGUUCAAGCAGACCCCUACCUGGGGCGCGUCCUUGUCUUCUGAGCACGAGCGGUAUCUGGCGGAGGAGGUCGUGAAGGGGCCUGUGUUCGUCACGAACUACCCGAGGGAGAUCAAGGCAUUCUACAUGCGGGUGGAUGAUCCUUCCCUCCCGCGAGAACAGCAAACCGUAUCCUGCUUCGACCUCCUCGUCCCGCACAUGGGCGAACUCGUCGGGGGUAGCGUGAGGGAAGAGCGGGCGGACGUGCUCGAGGAGAAAAUGCGCGAAGAGGGCAUGAUCCUGCCAGAGCAAUCGUCAGACGAAGGUCCAUACGCAUGGUAUCUCUCGCUGCGCAAAUUCGGGGCAACGCCGCACGGAGGCUUCGGUCUGGGCUUCGAGCGUUUGGUGAGCUGGGUGGGGGACGUCGACAGCGUGAAGGAGUGUAUACCGGUUCCGCGGACGGUCGGGCGUAUCGACUUGUAGCAGAAGGGGAGCCACGCUUGUAGUAGGCACUGUCCCGUCAUAGCUCGCAAUCCCACCUCAUGCUUUAGCAAACACCAAAAGCAACGGGAGUGAUCCAACGU